UGCAGUGACGAGAUCCUUGCGCGGGCCGGCAGAGGAGGAGGAGGCGGCGCCAUUUUGUGCUGCUGUGUUCUCGGAUCCUGUAACGGAAGAGGGGAAGAGGCUUCCUGGGAGACGCCGAGACCGCAGCAGCUUGCUCCGCCACAUUCGGGCUGCUGCCUUUCCCCUCUUUGCGUUGUUGUCGCUCUUGAUUCUGUGUCGCAUUUAGGCGUUCGAGGCCAUCAUGGCAGAUGUCGACAAACUGAACAUUGACAGCAUCAUCCAGCGGCUGCUAGAAGUAAGAGGCUCAAAGCCUGGAAAAAAUGUCCAGCUUCAAGAGAAUGAGAUUAGAGGGUUGUGCCUGAAGUCUCGAGAAAUCUUUCUCAGUCAACCAAUUUUACUUGAACUUGAAGCCCCUCUUAAAAUUUGCGGUGAUAUUCAUGGACAAUACUAUGACCUUCUCCGACUCUUUGAAUAUGGUGGUUUCCCUCCAGAAAGCAACUAUCUAUUUCUUGGUGACUAUGUGGAUCGAGGGAAGCAAUCUUUAGAAACAAUUUGCCUCCUUUUGGCAUACAAAAUAAAAUACCCAGAGAAUUUCUUCCUCCUUCGAGGCAAUCAUGAGUGUGCCAGCAUUAACAGAAUCUAUGGCUUUUAUGAUGAAUGUAAAAGAAGGUAUAACAUUAAGUUAUGGAAAACUUUCACUGACUGCUUCAACUGCCUGCCAAUAGCUGCCAUUGUAGAUGAGAAGAUUUUCUGCUGCCAUGGAGGUUUAUCUCCAGACCUUCAAUCAAUGGAACAAAUCAGGAGAAUCAUGCGUCCCACUGAUGUACCAGACCAGGGUCUUUUGUGUGACUUGCUUUGGUCAGACCCUGAUAAGGAUGUUCUAGGUUGGGGUGAAAAUGACAGAGGUGUAUCCUUCACCUUUGGUGCAGAAGUUGUGGCAAAGUUCCUUCAUAAACACGACUUGGAUCUCAUCUGUCGAGCUCAUCAGGUGGUUGAAGAUGGUUAUGAGUUUUUUGCCAAGCGACAAUUGGUAACCCUUUUCUCUGCUCCAAACUAUUGUGGAGAGUUUGACAAUGCUGGAGCAAUGAUGAGUGUAGAUGAAACAUUAAUGUGCUCUUUUCAGAUUCUAAAACCUGCCGAGAAAAAGAAGCCCAAUGCAAGCAGACCCGUAACACCUCCACGAGGCAUGAUCACAAAGCAGGCAAAAAAAUGAGCCCCUUUUAGUCAGUUUAGACUUGUAUUAUAGUAUAUAAUCACUUUUUUUAUUUUAAAUUGUGUAAUGUGUACUGGUUCUCGCUUCAUCCAUCUUGAUAGUGGCUCAAUUUUUUAUUUUUCUUCUGAAUUGUAUUUGCUACAUCGCUCACAUUUUCGGUCUUCACUCCUUUUUAUUCGGAAACCACACCAUUAUUUUUGCUCCUAAAUUGUUUCCUUUUAUGCCAGUGUUAUUGUACACUCCAAAUCUUUUUUUUUUUUUUCUUCUCUCCCCCAUGUAGCUUUGUACAAUUCACAUGAACUGUAAAUGCUCGUUUCAUACUUUAGUACUUAAAUAAGGACACUCAUGGGCUGGUGAGACUAGGAAUGUCACUGCUAUAUUCUGCAUAUUGUUUAUACAAACCACUGUGAACAUUAUCAUUUUUUUUAAAACUUGUUUUAAAGGGAUUUUCUUUUAAUGUCAUGUCUACACUUGUAUAGCCAUUAUUAUCAAUAUUCAAAAAAUCUCCUUAGACUUUGCCAGCAUCACUGGUUUGAUGUAUAUUUAAUUAAAGCACUUUUUUUUUUUUUUCCCCUCCCCGUACUGUAUUCUUUAACUGAAAUUAAAGCCAUCAUUUUAAGUGUUCUAUUUCCUGAAACUUGUAUCUGUAUCCGUGUAUUGCUCAUGUCUUCCACAGCAAAGAAGUUGGAUUUGCAUCUGUGGUUUUUGCAUGGUAGCAGAGAAGUAAUGCAAGAAUGGUUAAGACAUACCAAUGCACUUCACAAUGGCAUUACAUAAUAGUGACUGGUUUUUAAAAUGGCCUCAAAGGCAAAAUUAUCACUCGUUAAAAUAUCAGAAUUAGGACAUGCCAAAGUUGUCACUUAAUGUUUACCAGCCUUUUUUAUUUCUUAAUAAAGAACUUUGUUUGGGUCA